GCUAGGGGUCUAAUGGGAGCUGUAGCCACCGGCCUACACCACAGCCUACACCAGGCCCACAGCAAUGCUAGAUCUGAGCUGUGUCUGUGACCUAGACCACCCCUCAUGGCAACGCUGGAUCCUUAACCCACUGAGCGAGGCCAGGGAUCAAACCCUCAACCUCGUGGCUCCUAGAAGGAUGCGUUUCCGCUGUGCCACGACGGGAACUCCUCUUCUGUUGCCUUCUUUUCCUUCUGGUAUUCCCCCAUCACGCCUGUUUCUCCUUUGGUAGGUGUCCCACAGUCCUUGGAUAUUCUGUCCUCUUUUGGUUUUCCUGUCUUGUUCUCUUUGCUUUUUGAUUUUCGAGGAUUCUUUUGGUAUAUCUUUUGGUUCAGAGAUACUUUCCUCAGCGAUGUCUAGCUUAUUUAUAAGCCCAUCCAAGGCAUUUCUCCAUUUUCAUUACACUGUUUUUAUUGCUAGCAUUUACUCUGGUUCUUUCCUGGGAUUUACAGCUCGCUACGGAUGCUGCCCAUCUGCUCUUGUGCACUGUCUACUUCGUCCUUCAGCGUAUUGAUUGAAUAUGAUGAGCGUUUUAAUCAUAGUUGUUUUAAAUUCCCAGUCUGAUCAUUCCUGCGUCUCUGCCCUGUCUGGGUCUGGUGCUUGCUCUGUCUCUCCAAGUUGUGCUUUUGCCUUUUAGUGUGCCUUGUACUUCUUUCUUAAUAGCUGGCCAUGAUAUUCUAGGUAAAAAGAAGUGCCACAAUAAAGCCUUUAGUAAUGCGGUGUAAGGCGUGGAGGGAGGAAAAGUGCCCCUGUAAUUAGGUCUCAGGCUUUGAGGGAGCCUGUGCCUCUGGACUCUAAACUCCACAAGUGCUUCUCUGUUUUUUUCCUUCCUCCUUAGGUGGGACAGGAUGGCUAGAGUGGGGCUGGAAUUAGGUAUUUCCCUUCUCCCAGGGGAGUGAGGCUCUGGUUAACUACUUUACCUGAGAGCUGGCCUUGUUAAGAACAAAGCUGACUUCACGAUGGUUUCUUUUUGCCUCCUUUCCCUGGGAACAUGAUGGGACUUUCCCCCAGUAUCUACCCUGGGAAGCUGAUUGAGCUCCUGGUGGCGAAUCUCACAGUAUUGCUGGGGGGACACACACUGGGGCCCCUAGAGUUUCUAACCGUCAGGCUUGUCCACGGUGAGCCUCCAGCACUGUGUCACAUUCAGUUCAGAUGUUCCUACCCUGGCAUUCGUUUCCACUGUGGCUUCUCCGUGUGAGUCCCUGCUCUGGGAUGCCCUGACUCUCCCUGUCGCCCUGUGGGUCUCUCUGAUCUAGAGGACAGGGCUUUGCCCUGUGCCCUCCCCUCACACAGAUCCUAGAAUUAUUCAUCUUUUCCCUCGUGUUCAGCAUUUGACUUGUUGUUAGGGUGGAGUGGGGACCUCCACCUUCCUUGUUUGAAGAAAUGGAAGUCGGAAGUCCCCAGAAAAUAACAUUUUUUAAGGCUACUUUCCUUUUAUCUGUACAAGCCCUCUGAUGAUCCCUGCAUAAAGUUUCCUUUAAGGGGCACGAAUCCCCAGUUCUUUGUUUUCUUUUUAUGUAAACAAAUAAGGCUGAAGAAUGGUCACCAGGAACUAACACAACAUUGUGAGUCAAUUAUACUUCAAUUAAAAAAGUAAAAUUAAAAAAUAGAUACAUUUUCUUAAAAAGCACCACCUGAUGCAGUACUUCCUCCGUGAAGUCUUCCGAACCUUCCAACCAACGCCCAUCACGCCCAUCUGGAGGCCUCCUGCGGCCUCUGACUUGACCAAACACCACCCUCGUCAUGCCAUUCCACUGCUCUGCUUAAAUCCUCAGUGUCUCCUCGCUUUCUCAUAGAUGGGAUGGUGGCAGGACACCAAGAAAGUCUAUUUCUUGGGAAAACAUAAUGAAAUGGAGAUACAUUCAAUGAAUUCAUUCCCUAAUUAAUUGAUUUAGUCAUCAAAUAAUUAUAAAGGUCCAAUUAUAUGCCAGCACUGCUGUAGGUGCUGGGCACAUGUUUAUUUAAAAAUAAGUGGCUAUCUUACUAUUUUAAAUAUAUUUUUUGGUUUUAGUGCUUGUUUGUAGCUAAGCAAUAGCAAAGUCAAAGACUCCAAGAAAACAUGUAAGAGAAAAAUUUUAAAUGUUAUAUGUUCUCGAUUAAUUAAUUUUCCCGUCUGAAUUGGGAAAAUGCUGUGAAUGUUUCAUUUUAGUGAUAAAUCCUUUUAUCCAAAUUAAGGCACCCUUGUUUCGCAGAACCUAGCUGAGAACCACCACACUGAGUCUAAAUUACAUCCUCUUCGGUGUUCCUUCAAAUUUGCAUAUUCGCAAAGAUUAUAUUUUAGUUUGCAUUUUGCCUUUAUUGCGUAGUCCCCUUGUACUUCAAAGACCAUUCACCUCUAGCACCAGACUUCUCUGAGCUUCAAAACCAAAUAACCAACUGUCUUUUGGACAUUAGUUUUCAAGUCAAUAAAAAAAAAGAUCAAUUUCCCAGCAGAAAGAAGAGCAAGAGUAGAAAAAUGCAGAAAACAACUGAAAAUCACGAGCAAAUACAUGAAAAACAUAGACUGUUCAGAAAUCAAACAAAUACAAGUUGAAACAACAAGUAAAGGACUACGUCUCGGAUGGCAGAAAAGGAACCAGUGUUUUGGACUCCCGGCAAACAUGCAUUCUGUAUCAAGUCCAGAGGACAUAGAUGGAAGAUAUACUCCUUUUUUGAUGAGUACAACUGCGCCGAGCUUGGAGAAUUGGCAGCCAAAAUGAGGCACAAUAGAUUCAUCAGCAAAACACCUUCCGGCUCAGAUGCUGCUAAAACUACAUUUCCCAGCAGGCGUCGGACCCCGGGCCCUGUUACUCACUUCCGGGUGUGUCACGUGACUCCCUGGCUGCGCCAUGGCGGAAGCAGAGGAGCGGGAAACCGGGUCUCUUGAAGAAUCUACAGAUGAGUCUGAGGAAGAAGAAAGUGAGGAGGAGCCCAAACUGAAGUAUGAAAGGCUCUCCAAUGGGGUAACGGAAAUCCUUCAGAAGGAUGCGGCCAGCUGCAUGACAGUCCAUGACAAGUUCUUGGCCCUGGGCACGCAUUACGGCAAAGUGUAUCUGCUGGACGUGCAGGGGAACAUCACUCAGAAGUUCGAUGUAAGUUGCGUGAAGAUAAAUCAGAUAAGCCUGGAUGAAAGCGGAGAGCACAUGGGCGUGUGUUCCGAGGACGGCAAGGUUCAGGUGUUUGGACUGUAUUCUGGAGAAGAAUUUCAUGAGACUUUCGACUGUCCCAUUAAAAUCAUCGCCGUGCAUCCACAUUUCCUGAGGUCCAGCUGCAAGCAGUUCGUGACCGGCGGCAAGAAGUUGCUGCUGUUCGAACGGUCUUGGAUGAGCAGGUGGAAGUCGUCGGUUCUGCAUGAAGGAGAAGGGAACAUCAGGAGCGUGAAGUGGAGGGGCCAUCUGAUUGCCUGGGCGAACAACAUGGGUGUGAAGAUUUUUGACGUCACCUCAAAGCAGAGGAUCACCAACGUGCCCAGGGACGAUGUGAGCCUCCGCCCGGACAUGUACCCUUGCAGCCUCUGCUGGAAGGACAGCGUGACCCUGAUUGUUGGCUGGGGAACAUCUGUCAAGAUAUGCUCGGUGAAGGAGCGGCACGCCGGCGAGAUGCGGGACCUACCGAGUCGAUACGUUGAAAUAGUGUCUCAGUUUGAAACUGAAUUCUACAUCAGCGGGCUGGCGCCUCUCUGGGAUCAGCUGGUCGUCCUUUCCUACGUCAAGGAGGUUUCGGAAAAAACGGAAAGCGAAUACUGCGCCAGGCCCAGACUGGAUAUCAUCCAGCCGCUCUCGGAGACCUGCGAAGAGAUUUCUUCUGAUGCUCUGACUGUGAGGGGCUUCCAGGAAAAUGAAUGCAGAGAUUAUCACUUAGAGCACUCGGAAGGGGAGUCGCUCUUCUACAUCGUGAGUCCAAGAGAUGUUGUCGUUGCCAAGGAACGUGACCAAGACGACCACAUCGACUGGCUCCUCGAGAAGAAGAAAUACGAGGAAGCUCUGAUGGCAGCUGAAAUCAGCCAAAAGAACAUUAAAAGACAUAAGAUUCUGGACAUCGGCUUGGCCUACAUCAACCACCUGGUGGAGAAGGGGGAGUACGACGCAGCGGCACGCAAAUGCCAGAAAAUUCUUGGGAAAAAUGCAGCACUCUGGGAAUAUGAAGUUUAUAAAUUUAAAGAAAUUGGACAGCUUAAGGCUAUUAGUCCUUAUUUGCCAAGAGGGGAUCCAGUUCUGAAACCACUCAUCUAUGAAAUGACCCUCCAUGAAUUUUUGGAAAGUGAUUAUGAGGGUUUUGCCACGCUGAUCCGGGAAUGGCCUGGAGAUCUGUACAACAACUCGGUAAUCGUUCAGGCAGUUCGGGGUCACCUGAAGAAAGACAGUCAGAACAGGACUCUACUUAAAACCCUAGCAGAACUGUACACCUAUGACAAGAACUACAGCAGCGCCUUGGAGAUAUACCUAACCUUAAGACACAAGGACGCCUUCCAGCUGAUCCACAAGCAUAACCUUUUCAGUUCUAUCAAGGAUAAAAUUGUUUUACUAAUGGAUUUUGAUUCCGAGAAAGCUGUCGACAUGCUUCUGGACAACGAAGAUAAAAUUUCAAUUAAAAAGGUUGUGGAAGAAUUGGAAGACAGACCGGAGCUGCAGCACGUGUAUCUGCACAAGCUUUUCCGGAGAGACCAUCGUAAGGGGCAGCGCUACCACGAGAAGCAGAUCAGCCUCUACGCCGAAUACGACCGUCCGAACCUGCUCCCGUUUCUCCGAGACAGCAUCCACUGCCCCCUGGAGAAGGCUCUUGAGAUCUGUCAACAGAGGAACUUUGUGGAAGAGACAGUUUAUCUUCUGAGCCGCAUGGGCAACAGCCGGAGCGCCCUGAAGAUGAUCACGCAGGAGCUGCAGGACGUCGACAAAGCCAUCGAAUUCGCCAAGGAGCAGGACGACGGGGAGCUCUGGGAAGACCUGAUUUUAUAUUCCAUCGACAAGCCACCGUUUAUCACCGGCUUGCUGAAUAACAUCGGCACCCAUGUUGACCCAAUUCUCCUGAUUCACCGUAUUAAGGAAGGGAUGGAGAUUCCUAACCUGAGAGACUCCUUGGUCAAAAUCCUGCAAGACUACAAUUUGCAGAUUCUGCUUCGUGAAGGCUGCAAGAAGAUUCUGGUCGCCGACUCUUUGUCCUUACUAAAGAAGAUGCACCGAACCCAGAUGAAAGGCGUCCUGGUGGAUGAGGAGAACAUCUGCGAGUCGUGCCUGUCCCCGGUCCUCCCCUCAGACGCGGCCAAGCCCUUCAGCGUGGUGGUCUUCCACUGCCGGCACAUGUUCCACAAGGAGUGCCUGCCCGUGCCCAGCAUGAGCUCCCCUGCACAGUUCUGCAACAUCUGCAGCGCCAAGCACCGGGGCCCGGGAAGUGCCAUUUUGGAGAUGAAAAAAUAGCUCCUUCUGUGUGUCCGCCUCGUCCUCGCUGCUCUGAAGACGGUUUUUGCAGCAACCGAAGCUUUUGUUGACGCCAGUGCCCUUGAGAGAUUUGUGCACGUGUGUGUCCUGCUGGAGAAAAGCUGCUUCCUCUUCUGUCUCUUAGAUGUUUCUCUUUGCAGUUGAUAAGAAAGUUGGGGUUUGCCCCUUUCCACGAAAGAAAUGGGUGGAAAGAUGUUUGCCUCGAAAGACGUGGGUUCCUGGUCAUUAUUUAAUCAUUCAUCUGUUAGGUUUCCCUUCCUAAAUAAAGAAUGAGCCAGCGUCUGAGUCAGAAA